AGAAUGCCUGUCAUGUUCACAGCGGAAGUACUCCCUUCAGCCCAUCCCCAAGAGGAAGAUUCCAAACCGAUAUUUGGGCCAGCCUAGCCCCCUUACACACCCACACCUCCUUGGGCCAGGGGAGGUGACGCCAGGAAUAUCCCAGGUGGAAUAUGCACUUCGCAGACACAAACUAAUGUCUCUGAUCCAAAAAGAAGCCCAAGGGCAGAGAGGGACAGACCAGACAGUGGUUCUGCUGUCCAACCCUAUCUACUACAUGAGCAACGAUAUCCCCUAUACUUUCCACCAAGACAACAAUUUCCUGUACCUGUGUGGAUUCCAGGAGCCCAAUAGCAUCCUGGUCCUCCAAAGCCUGCCUGGUAAGCAGUUACCAUCACACAAGUCCAUGCUCUUUGUACCUCGGAGAGACCCCAGUCGAGAACUUUGGGAUGGCCCACGAUCUGGCACUGAUGGAGCGGUAGCUCUAACUGGAGUGGACGAAGCCUAUCCGCUAGAGGAAUUCCAACAUCUAGUUCCAAAACUGAAAGCUGAGACAAACACAGUUUGGUAUGACUGGAUGAGGCCGCCUCAUGCACAGCUUCACUCUGAAUACAUGCAGCCUCUGACUGAAGCCAAAGCCAGGAGCAAGAACAAAGUCCAGGCUGUCCAGCAGCUGGUGCAGCGCCUCCGGCUGAUCAAAUCUCCUGCAGAAAUUGAGCGAAUGCAGACUGCUGGGAGGCUGACAUCACAGGCUUUCAUAGAGACCAUGUAUACCAGGAAAGCACCUGUGGAGGAAGCCUUUCUUUAUGCCAAGUUUGAAUUUGAAUGCCGGACUCGUGGCGCAGACAUCUUAGCCUACCCACCUGUGGUUGCUGGUGGAAAUCGGUCAAACACUCUGCACUAUGUGAAUAAUAAUCAACUCAUCAAGGAAAUUAAAAGGACAAAGGAACAUAUUGAACUGCACCAAGAGUGUGCUAUUAGCAGAUCCAAACUGUGGUUCACUGCACCUCAGGCAGAACUCUAUGACGCUGUUCUGGAGAUCCAGAAAGCUUGUCUGACCCUCUGCUUCCCUGGGUCGAGCUUGGAGAACAUCUACAGCAUGAUGCUGACACAGAUAGGCCAGAAGCUUAAAGAGCUGGGCAUCAUGAAGAGCAAUAAGGAAAAUGAUGCCUUCAAGGCUGCUCGAAAAUACUGCCCUCACCACGUUGGCCAUUACCUCGGGAUGGAUGUCCAUGACACUCCGGACAUGCCCCGUUCCCUCCCUCUGCAGCCUGGCAUGGUAAUCACAAUUGAGCCAGGUAUUUAUAUUCCCGAGGAUGACAGAGAUGCCCCCGAGAGGUUUCGUGGUCUUGGGGUACGAAUCGAGGAUGAUGUAGUGGUGACUCAGGACUCACCCCUCAUCCUUUCUGCAGACUGUCCCAAAGAGAUGAGUGACAUCGAACAGAUCUGCAGCAGGACCUCCUGA